ACACGCCAACAGCAGCACCGCCACCAUCACAAGGAAUAGCUCGAACGCAUUACAAUGAGCUUCGAGGGUCUCGACCGCCUGUUGGUUGGUUCCGUCCAGACCGCAUGUGCCAACCUGACCAACCACCUUAAUCAGUGUUUCGAAUCAGAUGUCCAUGCAAAGACAUUUUAUGAGUUCCUGCCAAGGCUCUGCCAAAUCCUCUUUGGCUCAAAGGAAUCACGGGGCUGGUUGCAUUUGCCACUGUCGAAGGCAGAAGAAGACCCGCUUUAUGAGCUGAUCCGUCCAAGAGGAGUCCUCAUGCGGUUUCUGCUGAGUCGUUAUACGGAUACCGGGUUCAUUUACGAGAUGGUGCCAGACUCUUUGCCGAAAAGGACGCAAGCAAAGCUGGAUCCGACCCAGUACCUUACCCUCCCGCCGAUCUAUCUUUCCCGCGUCAAUCUCGUAAAAGCGACAACGCCUAUUGGAGCUCAAAAGACCAUGGCCCAAAUCACCAAAGUCAAUCUCAAUUUUAAUAUGUUGGAGUACUUCUUAUUUUACUUUGCAUACGCUCUUACUCUGGACGAUGACGAUGUCAAUGGCCGUGGAAUGCGCAGGGUAAGAAUGGCGGGGAUUAUCGACGGCAUUUUCGGUUUGGUUGUUUUAAUAUGUUUCUUCAGACUAACUCUGCUGUGGUAUUAUGUUAUCUGGUAGACCGAUCCAAAACUGGCGUUCAGGAUUAAUGGUCCGAUUGCUGGUGCCGCUGCGCCAGGCACAGGACGGCCAUCAGACUGGGUAUCAGGAAGCUCACCAAAACCACUAGUCUCGCGCGUACUUGUCGAUGGCUCAUUUUUCAAUCUGUAUCACCAAUAUCUUCACUACUUUAUUCCAGCACCAGAGAGAACGAAGGACGGCACUGUCAUUACUCCAGAGACAAAUACGCCGCAAAAGCCGCUCAAUGUC